GGGGGGGGGGACUGCAACAUGAAAGGAUGAUAUUCAGGUCACCUCCAAGACCGACUGCACAAAGCACACAAUCACAAAACCAAAAAAGGAUUAUGGCUUAGCUGAAAGUGGCCUCCAUUAGUUGGCCUCUCCAAUCAAAAGUUUACAAACAAUUGUCAAUUGAAUAUUGCAUAACCUCAUCUCUAAGAUAGAAUUUAAAGUUUAUAACAUUAUUGCCAAACAUGCAGAUGACCUUGUAGUCAGUGAGAUAAGGUGUCAAAUCCCAAGAUUCUUCAAUUGCACCCACCACCCCCUCUUUCUCUCAUCAACUUUUAGGCCUCUACACCUCUAUAUAAGCCACUCUCUUUUGAUCAUCUCUGCAUAGACACAAAGCAUUCUUUCUCUGCUUGCCUUUAAUUAUUUGCCUGUUUCUUACAAAUUUCUUUGUGAUCCUAAUUACAUUUCCUUGGGAAUCCUAUGGCUACUGCAGAGGUUGUGUCAGCUCAAACUGCACUUCCUGAGGAGAAAACUGAAGAAUCAAUCAAGGUUCAAGAAACUACAACAGAGGAGGUAGUCGCUGCAGCUCCCGCAACGGAACCAGUUGCUGGAGAGACAAAGGAAGCAGAGCCUGAAGCAGCAUCUAAAGAACCCGUGGCUCCAGAACCUCAAGCUUCAGUUGAAGUCGAAACCAAGGAGGUAGUAGAAGAGGCGAAGGUUGUCACUGAGGAGCCAGAAGUUGAGAAAAAAGAAGAGGAGACUCCUGAGGAAACAGUAACGGAACCAGUUGUCGAGGAGAGCAAGCAGACUACUGAGAUAACUGUUGAAGAAACCAAAGAAACUACAGAGUCUAGUGAGGGAGCAGCAGCGGGAGAACCAGAACAAGAGGCCACAGUCGAAGCACCCAAAGAAGAAGUCGCUAAGGAAGAAGAAAAACCAGCUGAAGCUGAGGAGAAGGUUGAAACAGAAGUUCCAGCUGACAAGACCGAGUAAUAAUAAAGCUUGUGAGGUGCUGCGGAUCAAUGGAAGUCUGUCUAGUGGCUACUGUUAGCUAAGUUUGCAUGUCAUGUUAAGUUUCUGUAUGUAGUUCAAUAAGGAUGUAGUCAGGUGGAUGAGGCUUGGGACAAGGGAAUGGAAUUAUGGAAAUGACCCACCAAUGAUAGCAUGCCAAGUAACUAAAUUAACAUACAAUGGCAUAUGGCAGAGGAAGUUAAAGAUGGUUCAAGUUUGCAUUGGGGGGAUUUUUAUGGUCAUCCGUUCUCAGUAAGGAAUGGUUUCUUGGUCCCAAGGAGGCUGCUUAAAUUUAUUAUUUCGCUAGUAUGUUUAUUAGAAGAGGCAGUAUGCAUGUUGUCUUGAUAGUAAUAAAUCAUGGUAGUCCUUUUGUUCAACAUUUAUCUACUAUCCAAUUUCUUCCA